AUGAGGUACUCCCCGGAAAUGCAAAUCGACCAUCAUGUUGGAUCGAGGAAUAGCCCAAGUCUUACGCAAAGUGCUUCGGCAACACUGGUCCGGGACCGACAAGACUGCAUACCUCUGCAAAAGAUUCUUUUGGAAGACGACAUAAUUGUACUUCUCACACCCGUCGUUGUCCCUGAUAACGGACAUGUCAAGAAUGAGAGCGACCCUUUUGAACCGCUUGGCCGUGCCAUCGCCACACGACAUUCCAUGGUGCGUCAUGUACCUUACACAAAACGUGGCGGCAUCAACAACAUCCACUUCGAGUUCAUAAAGAGAGCAAAAGCAAUUGUUUUCGUGAUUUCUGGGCCACCUAUAGAUGGUGAUGUUUCUCAGGUUGAGCUGGCUGAUGUCGCACGGUCUAUGGCCAACGAACGCCCGCAGAUCCUUGUGGCAUGCUGCAACACUCAAGUCUACGAUGUAACCGCCCACGAUUUUGCCACCAUCGUACAAGUCACAGGAUACAUACCGUCCGAUCUCGAACUGGCCGCUUCCAUCAUAUUUGGUGACCAACGAGUUUCUAUCACCAACGCUGUUCCCGUACAGAAUCUUAUUAUUGCGCCGCAACACUGGCCAGCAGAGGUUUGCGGCCCCGACAUGACACCAAUUCACCAACUAUGGACAGAGUGCCUGCCCCCGAGGUACCACCUCCCCUUGUAUGCGCUGGUGCUGCUCCUCCGGCGAGAUGGAUACGCCAUGAACUACGUCGUACGAGAACCAGAAACCAGACAAAUCGUCGGUUUUUGUGCGACCUAUACCACGUUCACAGAUAGUGACCAGGAAAAUCUGCUCGGCUCAUUGGCAAUCUUGAUUGUGAAGACCGCAUAUCGAGGACGGGGGAUAGGGCUAAGCCUCCACAACUUUGCGCUAAAGCAGCUACAGAGGACUCGGGGUGUCAAUCGACUUCAGCUUGGGUCAACAUUUCCGCGUCUUCUUUAUGGGGUACCAUCGGACUUUUUUGCGAAAGAGUGGUUUUCACGUCGAGGUUGGCAAGUGAAUGGUAAACAGCCAGGCCAAGGCCUGGAGGCCUCGGAUUGGCUGUUAAAAUUCGACGAUAUGCCAGUAACAGUUCUGUCGUCAGCAGGUUUGAGUUUUAGGCGGUGUAGCUUCAUGGACUUUCAUCUAGCCCUAGAAAUCGUGGACCGAGACGCAGUCCGGAAAGGCAAUAUGGGGUGGUACGAUCAGUAUGCCAGACUCGAUGGCACGCCUCACAUCGAAGACAUCAUUCUCGGCUUUGAGGGCGAAACCAUAGUGGCAGUCGCCCUGACUUAUAUACCCAACUCUGGAAGCCCGGUCGAUGAAGAUCUCCCCUGGGCCAAGUCAAUCGGCACAGAUGUUGGGGGAGUAACAUGCAUUUGCAUCACAGGUACGACAACCGCGAGAUGGUAA